UUAAUUGCUCAACUAAAUAUGCCAUAACUACUACCAUAUUCCAAGAAAUAUUUCCUUUUCUUGAGCCCAUGGCAUUAAUGAUAAUCGCCCAACCAAUUUUGCCAUAACCAUACAUUUAACAAGAUUAUCCAUUUUAUCAUGAAGCCAACAAUUAGUCUUUUUCUGUAAAUUCCAGGCCAUUAAUGCCGGUAGCCUAACUACUAUUGUCAUAACUACUAUCCGAAAAGAAUUUUGUUUUUUUUUUAUAUUAUUUUUGGUGUUGUUAUAACCUAAAUCAUUCAUAAAAAUCUGACUGAAUUCUAUAUUCUAAACUUUUAUUUAUUUAUCUAUCUAUCUAAUUUUAUUGAUAACUAUUAUGUCUAGAAGAAUUCCCAAAUAUUUUUGUUGAAGAUCAUGACAUUAACCGUAAUUUAACAUAUAAUCUAUGAUUUAGAACUUUUUUUAUAUGACUACCACACGAUUAAUAGUACUCAUUCAAGAAUAAAAUAAGAUUGUAAUUGAUAAUAUAAAUAAAAAUCGAUAGGUUUUUUUUUCAUCAAUAAUUAUCCCUUAUUUUUAUUUUAUUUUAUUUGAAGUUCCUAACCGUUACUCUUCCAACCACAUGAAAUCGCAUGCUUCCUCCAAUCGCCACUGCGCCCGUUGGGUAUCUAUAUAUAUCUCCAUCACUCAUGUCAGUGGUCGUCCUCCAUAGCUUUUCUUGUAGCUCUUUGUCCAAGCCAGAUCAAUAAUACACAUGGAGCCAACGAACGGGAUGCUGAAGGCGGUCUCCGAGGAGGAGGAGGAGGCCUACAUGUACGCCUUGAAGCUGACGAGCGCCUCCGUUCUCCCCAUGACUCUCAAAGCGGCCAUCGAGCUCGAGCUGUUGGAGAUCAUCGCCCGCGCCGGUCCGCAGGCGAAGCUGAGCCCCGACGACAUCGUGGCCUCGUUGCCCAGCGAGAACCCGAAGGCGGCCGACGAGGUGGACCGAAUCCUCCGCUUGCUUGCAGCCUACGGCAUCGUCGACUGCGCGGUCGAGGCAACCGCCGACGGUGGAUCUUCCCGGAAGUACAGCAUGACACCCCUCUGCAAGCUUCUGACCAAGGAUGAGGCCGGUGUGUCCAUGGCUUCUUUGUGCUUGUUGAUGCAGGAUAAGGUCCACAUGGGAAGCUGGUACUGUUUGAAGAAUGCAAUCCUACAUGGUGGUGUUCCCUUUGACAUAGCAUAUGGAAUGACAGCGUUCGAGUAUCAAGGUGUCGAUCCAAGAUUCAACAAGGUAUUUAAUGAGGCUAUGAAAGGCCAAUCGACCAUGAUAACCAAUAGGCUAUUACAGAUCUAUCAUGGCUUCGAUGACGUGAAGACGCUUGUUGAUGUUGGUGGUGGCAUCGGUGUUUCCCUUCAUAUGAUCACCACCAAGUAUCCUCACAUCAAGGCCAUUAACUUCGACCUCCCACAUGUUAUCUCCGAUGCACCACCUUUCCUAGGAGUAGAGCAUGUUAUUGGAGACAUGUUUACAAGUGUUCCAUCAGGUGAUGCCAUUUUAUUGAAGUGGGUUCUUCAUGAUUGGAGUGAUGAUCACUGUGCAAAGAUACUGAAGAACUGUUGGAAGGCUUUGCCACAGAAAGGAAAGGUGAUAGUGGUGGAGUUGAUCCUCCCAACACUUCCCAAACCUACAACAAAAGCCCAGUGUGCAUUCCAUGCAGACCUUGCAAUGCUGGCUUUCAAUCCUGGAGGAAAAGAGAGGACUGAGGAGGAGUUUGAAGCCAUGGCAAAGGCAGCAGGGUUUUCUGGGUUUAAUGCUACUUAUGUGUUUGCUUGUGCUUGGGUCAUGGAGCUGAUAAAAUAGAUCUAAUUAUGUCUUAAGUACUACUUGCUUGUGUUGGCAUUAUGCUUUUAGCUUUGGUGAGUAUUGAUAUAUCUACAAUAUCUUUAUGCAAGAUCAUAAUAAUUGCCACCAUA